GUUUCGCAUCCUUUUAUCGAUUAGCAAUUUAAAAAACAUUUUACAUGAAAAUGGCGCGAUAAAUAAACUCUUUAGAAGCCAUGUGAUAAAUUGUUGCUGAUUCGCGAUAUCGCAUUCGGAUGAGAUUCCUCUUCGGAAUCUCAUUUUGGUGGCCGUGACCGACUCGCCGCGCGGACUCCGGCGUUCGUCGCGGGAAAAGCGACAAUUUCACGAACCUGACGACCGAUGCGAUGACCGAGGCUGCGGGAUAUCCCUGUCUCCUCGCAGUCUUUCAUCUCGCCGGCAGAAGGCGCCGCCAUCGUGGACCUCACUGAUAAACAGCCCAUGCUGCAUACCACAAAGAGACGCGAGCCGUCGCGACGACGCAAACGGAGUGCCUCCCGCGCGCAAUUCUCACGUGCGUUUCUGCGUGUUUCCGGUCGCCGUUUGCUAACGUAAAUCCCCCGCGCUCGAGGAAUACGAUUUCCGGUGAAUCGCGAGCGUUUGAUCGUCGAGGACUAGGAGAAAAACCGUGGGAGAAGCAGGGCGUACUUCGUGCGGCUGUAACCGCACUACCGCGGAGCAGCAGGGUAGAAGAUGACGUCACCGAAGAGUGUCAAGGCACGCAAGACGGAGACAACUGCGACUAGAAGCUGGACGGCGAGACCGAUUUUAGGCUCGGAUUUCACGGAAGUUCCUGCGCUGCAGCAGGUCUAUGUGGGCGUCUUGAAACAACGGAAGGACACCUCCACCGCGAUUAAAAGCAUAUCCGUCGUUUUGCCGGGAUUCGCUCAUUUGAAGCGCUGUUCCAACGGGAAACUGCUUUUGGCUCCGCUUCGCUCGGACGAAUCGUCACGUGAGAAAGAUCACGAUGUUUCUCUCGGUGAAGAUCAACUUAAGACUCAGCUGAAGGAAGGAGGAUUCGAUCUUUCCUUACUAGAGGAGAAAUUCCAGGUAACGGAGGUGCCAGCCAAGGCGCCAAGGACGAAAUUACAAGCCAGCGAAGCUACGAAGAUCUGGCCGGUAAACUUCCAUCCCGACCAAACGAUUGAGAGCCUGAUCGACGGUUCGAUCUUCGAUGAGGAUCAUCUGCACAUGAUCGAGCGAAUCAUGUCGCUGGUAAUAAAGGCUGCCAAAUUAGAGGCGAUUGGCGACGAGCGCUGCACUGGCGCUACGGUGAUCGUCGAUCCCGAGGAUGGAAGAAUUUUGGCGGUGGCUGCGGCGAGACUCGAUAAACAUCCCAUGUGGCAUGCCGCCAUGCUAGCGGUUGAUCUCAUUGCCAGACUUCACGGUGGUGGUGCGUGGGAAUUGAACGAGGACUGCGACGAAACGAAGAGACCAACGGACGCUGUCGAUGAGAAAGAUACUUUUGACGAUGGAAGGUCAGACCCGAACGCCACGACUGAAGAUCAGAGCUCGAAGAGGUUGAGAAGAAUCAAGAGAAGAUACGAGGAAGAGACACCGCUCUGUUAUCCGAGAACUCUAUCUUCGCUACAGUUUCCGGUUCAAAUGUCCCUCGAGACGCGAGGCGUGCGAAAAGGGCGAAGGAACAACGGUGCCAAGAGCGAGAAUUCGAAGCAGAAGGAAUGCGAAGAUGACGCGAAGAAAUGCGGACCGUAUCUUUGCACGGGUUAUUGGGCAUUUCUGCUGGUGGAACCGUGUCCUCUGUGCGCCAUGGCGUUGCUGCAUUCCAGAGUCGCGCGGAUCUUCUACGGCACGGCCAAUGAGAGCGCCGGAGUUUUGGGCUCCAGGGCGGUUUUGCAUACGGUGCCGGGCCUGAACCAUCGAUAUCGAGUCUGGAGCGGAAUUCUGGAGCGAGAGUGCCGACAGGCGUUGGAAGAAAUCAACGCUCGCAAAAGUCGCGGCUGAGUGACGAAUUCGACGUGCCUCUGUUGUGGAAAGAUUAAUAAUGCUCGAAGUGGCUGCACGGGCAACUGGUUCGUCUCAUCGCAAUCUAGCCGGAAACAACUAAAGAUAUUGAUGCCGCGAAACCAGACACAAUAAAAAAAGCAAACAGGAGCGUGGCGUAUAUUUUGUUGUUGACGUCACCUGCUCGUUUGUCGUUUUUGCUAAUGACUUCUCAUGCGAAUUACGUUAUCUAUGCAUACAGAUGACAUUAUAAUGACAUUUUUGUGAUACCUUAUCUUACUUGCAUAACAUAUUGUGCAUAUUCAUUCGAUAUCAUAAAGAAAUAAAUCCUUUCCAAUAAAAAGAAUCUCAAUCGUGUGAUCCAUUAAUAUAUCGUGACUGACUUAACGCUCCUUCGGCAUUUUCUACGAUAUUCUCCGAAAAAACGAUUAGUUUAUUAAUUCAGGCGGGUUUCUUUUAGGAAAUUCAAAGAAACAAAAUUGUUUCACAGAUUUAUCAACGGCGGAUUAUUCCAUGAUCGGUCGCGCGACGGCAACUUAGAUAGUUGCAUGCACAACCGGUUUUAUAAUUUCAAUCGAAAGCAACACGACGCAAAAGACUACACAUGGUACGGACGUGCAUUCGGCCAUAAUGAGUCUCGGUAUAUGCGUGACCUUGACGCCUUGACGCGUGCAUGUGCGUCCGCAUCUGCUGACGCUUCUUGGUGUGCACGGCGAAUUAACACUUGUAUUUGCCGACACACACGCAGCAGCGUGACGUUCGAUCAUUCCCCGAAGAUUAUGAAAAUCAUUUCUGUAUAUUCUUUUGUCUUUCGCUUUUUUAAAGCGUAUCUUUCAGCGCAGGAUCUUGAGAUGCCUGGGCGAUAGCCAAGAUAUCUUUUACUCCAAGUCUUCUACUAUCUAUCUUAAAAGAGAAAAACGAUUUUUUAGACUACAAUUAAAAAUGUUAUUGCUUUAUGAGAUUACUAAUUAUACUUUGAUUAAUUUUUUUUUAGUCAUUAUUAUUAUGUAUGCAACGCGUUAUUUCACGUGUUGCUUCUUUAUUAAAAAUUUAACUUUCUGCAAAGAUUUACAUAUCUAUAAUAAUAAUAAUUAUUAUUAUUAUCAUGAUAAUUAUAAUAUUAAUAAUUGAUGACGAUUCUAAGGCUAAACGUUACGCUUCCAGCGUUCAUUAUUCGAUUAUUAUAGUACAAUUCACUUUGCGCGCACAAUCGUAAAUCAUCCAUAUGAUUUAUGCGCGCUUAGUCGUUUAACUUUGUGCUUCGUAUCGUGUCGACAACUCGUUUAAUUCAGACAAAUAAUCGUGUUUCUCCUCGACAAUAAUAUACAAUCUUCGCCGGUUAUUUUUUCGCGCGCGGAUUUUCCAGGCACGUUCGCUACAAUUAUCUCUCAACGAAAGACACUGAUAAUGAGCAGAGAUCGACAACGAAUUUGUCAAAACGCUCGUAGCGUAGAUAACAUUACCAAGUUGUAAGACACCUAUAUAACGCUGUAACAUAUAAAAGUAAUACGCCGAAAUAAAAUUCAGCAGAUUUUAUGAA